CGCAUUGUUGCCUCUGGCUUAUUAAGUAUAACCACGAUGGCCGUAACGGUAUUCCGUAAAAACUGUAUCCAAAUCAAAAUUGUUUAAUGCAUAAAAUAUGGUGAUAAGAAGCAAGUCGAUUCAGUUGUUUUACGUUACCAUCAUGAAAACAUAUUUAAUAAUACUAAUUGUGGUUGUUGUAUGUUCCUCGGAGCCACACUGCUCCAAAUUUCAUUAUGAGGAAAAACUGCUAGAAAAGAUGAUCAGGACAGAAAUUCUUGUUGAAAAUAUGAAGAAACAAAUAGAUGACAUAGAAGCUAGAGUAACCGGGGCAAUUGCCAAGCUUAACGAAGAUACAGCCAAGUGGAAAGGUGAAAUAGAAACAAUGCAGGAAAGCAGUAAGGCAAACCUUAUCACAUUGCAAGAGAAAGCAAAGAGCGAGUUAGACAAAAAUAUGCAAGCAGUGGAAGACCUUAAAGAUAAAGUUGUGUCACCAAAUAUUGCCUUUCAUGCGAAAAAAGUGAAAAAUAAAAAUCCAGCUGCUGGCGAUACCCUUGUAUUCACUGACAUUCUCCUUAACCUUGGCGAGAGUUACAAUACUAAUACUGGAGUAUUUACUGUUCCACUUGGAGGCAUUUAUCUGUUUACAGUUCAGUUAUGUAUUAGUCAAGGUAACCGUUUUGAUUGUGGACUAAUCGUUGAUAACGUUUAUAUGGAUGUUGCAAUAUACCAGGACAACUAUAAUGGCCAUACAUCCUGCUACAAAGUAACUACAAUAGUCUCAGUGAAGUCAGGUAACAAAGUUUGGGUAAAGGUGAUAUAUCGCUCGGGAAGCGGCCAGAUUUUAUAUCACGAUGACAGUAAUUUUUGGAAUUCAUUUUCUGGAGUUCUUGUUCAGACAGAUUAGUUCUGUAUAUUCAAAUUGAAGUAAACAUAUUAAGGAAUAUAACGUUGACAAUAAAACGAUGACUUAAUUAUAGUUUAACGUUUGGAAUGUAUAAAUUAUAGUGUUUUAACUGAAUUUACAUCUAUUUUGUUUUCGUUGGAUUACAGUGCUUAUUUUUAUAUAAUACAUGAAAUAUUAUAAUUAAGUGCAAUAAUUUAA